CACUUGUAGAUAAUAAAAACAUGUUUAUUCGUUAAUAUCAUCAGUUCUAAGUACAUUAUUAGAAUGAUGCAAACGCAUUUUCAAAAUUAUGAAAAUGUAUACGUGUUUGUUUAGUUAAACUUGUAAAUUAUCAAUGAAAUACGUACCUUUACAAAAACACCUUAAAUAAUUGUCAGAUUAGUUUAUUUAUAUUAAAAUAAUGAAAUACGUUCCUGGUUACUUUAAAGCUGUGAAUAAAGUAGUGAGUAGCCAAUUGAAUACUGGAAACCAAAUUGCAUUAUUCUCAAAGAGAGCUCUACCCAAUAGAAACAUUACAAUAUCAGUUGGACCAGCUGUUAGCACUCAAAUUAGAUGGGCUCACACAGACAUUACUUUUCCAGAUUUCAGUACUUACCGCAGGGAUAGUACCAAAAAUCCUAGCAGGAAAUCUCAAGAAUCUGAGAAUUCUACAUAUUUAAUGGCAGGGGCAUUCAGUGUAGGUACUGCUUAUGGUGCAAAGUCUAUAGUUACUCAUUUUAUCAGUUCUAUGAGUGUAUCAGCUGAUGUAUUAGCUUUGGCCAAAAUUGAAAUUAAACUAGCUGAUAUACCUGAAGGAAAAUCUGUUACCUUUAAAUGGAGAAGUAAAACUCUAUUCAUUUGUCAUAGGUCACCAUCUGAAAUAGAAUCAGAACAAUCAGUUGCUAUAAAUACCCUUCGUGAUCCUCAACAUGAAAAUGAACGUGUCCAAAAUCCAUCUUACUUGGUAGUUAUUGGUGUACGUACCCAUUUAGGUUGUGUACCAAUUGCUAAUGCUGGAGAUUUCGGAGGGUAUUAUUGCCCAUGUCAUGGUUCUCACUAUGACGCUUCUGGUCGUAUCCGUAAAGGUCCUGCUCCUUCAAAUUUGGAAGUGCCUCCAUACACCUUUACAUCUGAUGAAUUAUUAAUUGUCGGUUAGGGGUUGAUUGAUUAAAUUGAGAUAUUGGAUAUAAAAAUGACACACUCAUUACACAAUCUUAUGUAUUUUGAUAAGUUUGCAAAAAUUUGUGUUGAUAGUGCCUUUUUCUAAAUCUUUUAUUGGCUAUGAUCAACAUAAAUAAAAUUAUUUUGAGCUUGGAGGGUUUCAUUUGUCAAAAGGCAUGGAUAAAAGGAUUUAUAUCAAUUUUUUUUAAAUGAAAAAAAAAAGUAUGUAAAAUUGGAGUGAAUAUAAUUGGUGAUUCUGAUAUGAGUAAAAGGAGUGUUUAUGAAUGAUCGCCAUGUGAUGCAUUCUUAAUAUUUCGCGAUUUUGGAACACAAAAUUGUCGACUGCGGGUCGAUGGCUUCUUUCCCCCGCUAACGACUUAAUUUUGGAAGUGCGCAUGCGAUCGGUCCCUACACUGAUUCGGAAUCGGACCCGCUGUUAUUAUUACUUAGUCCUCGUUCCACUUAUUAAUUGGUAACAAUAACAAUUCUGCACUGCCCUUACUGACUCAAUUGCUUGUUCGUGAGUUUCUGUUAAAAAACGAUACUGUAACGAUGCCCAAUCCUCCAUAUCCUAACCUAAUCUAAAGUUCUCGACGAUUAUUCACUUGCUGGCUUAUAAUUGCCUUUUCGUGAGUUUCUGUUCAAAAACAAUACUGUAACGAUGCCCAAUCCUUCAUAUUCUCUGUUUUUAAAAAUAAAAACCUUAACGGAACGUCGUUUUUCUAGUAUGGGAAAUAAAAAGCACCUAAUUGUUGAAAAAAAGUCUAACGCUGAGAUCAAGUUUCAAGAAUUGGAGGAUGCUCUGGUACAAAAUUCAAAAUUCCCCUUACUUACUCACUGAAAUUGAGGAAGAUUUUAUAGCAUUUGAAAUUAUAUCAAUUAAAAUUAAUCAGACACCAGUAAUGUUUCAAAAAUCGGAGAAAUGUAUUUUUUCAAACAUUUAUAAUUUAGAAUUGCUAAAUAUACUUAGAUUCAUUCUGUUUUACUGCAUUAUAUAGUUUAAUCAAUGGUCUCACUAACCUACUUUCUAAUGUUUCCAGAUUUAUCUGGUUAAUUCACAGAGUUUGAUCAAUUUGAUGAAAUCUUUGAUACAGUUCAUUCUUGAAUCGAAUUAAUAUGUGACGAGUUUUUUUACAACAAUGAACCAGAAUACCAGUCAAAUUUUUGAUUGGUUGAAACAGAUUUUAAUAGAUAAAUAAAUUUAUUGGCAGGAAUUUUCUGUGUUUUUUUUUUGGAAAUACAUUAUUAUAAUAAAGUA